UUUCACUGGUAAUGCCAUGUGAAUUAGAUGCAUUGAGACUCAAUUGUGACCUGACUUGAAUUGAGUUGUAUACCCACCUGGAUCUUAAAAGUGUAGACUAUGUCCCCUGCUGCCCCACUGCGAUGUGUUGCCAACUGUAUAUUAGUCAGAGCAUUAUUUGAGCUUGUACAUUUCCCAUUCAUUUUCCCCAUAAACUUUCUGAAACAAAAAUGUAUACUUAAAGGCUGAAAGCUUGCUCUGACCACAACAAGAUAAAAGUUACCAAAUAGCUUGUUGGUCUCUGCGAUGCCUUUGAACUCUUAAUAUUUUACUUGUUAGAAAGUCUUUGGGAAAAAUUUAUGGAAAAUGUACUUCCAGAACCAGGGUGGCUUUAAAAGUGGACAGUUGAUAACCAUUCAAAUGUUAUUGUCACAGCCCUGCCCUAAGUAGUUGUUUCCCUCCUCAGUCCAUGUUGGGCAGUGAGGAGUGCGUCUCUGCUCUGUUGGACCACGGUGCAUCUGCUCUAUGUCGAGACUCUCAGGGAAGGACUCCACUGCACUUGGCCGCCUCCUGUGGCCACGUGCCGUUACUGCACCUGCUGCUGAAGGCGGCUGUAACCUCUGACCCCCUGGACUCCAUGUUGGACUUCAGAGGAUACACGCCGACUCACUGGGCAGCCUACCACGGGCGUGAAAAGUGCUUACAAAUUUUACUUGAAAACAAACUUGAAAGCAACCAAGAAGGAAACUCUUUCUCUCCCCUGCACUGUGCACUAAUAAAUGGCCAUGAUGAAGCUGCUAAACUUAUUUUAACUAUUGGCCUAAAACGUGUCAAUCUGCAGGAUGCAAAAGGAAGGACUCCGCUCCACGCUGCGGCAUAUUCAGGAAACCUCUCAGGACUGGACCUGCUGCUAUCCCAGGGGUCAAAGGUCAACGCUGUGGACCACAAUGGCUGCUCUGCCCUCAUGGUGGCCGCAGAGAGUGGACAAACCAUGGCUGUGGAGUUUUUGCUGCACAAAGCCAAACCCGAUCUGACUCUGGUGGACUCCAAUAACAACACAGCCCUUCACUUGGCCUGCAGCAAGGGUCACGAGAUGUGUGCGUUGCUAAUUUUGGGAGAAAUCAAUGACUCAUCUCUCAUAAAUGCUGCCAACAAUACUUUACAAAUGCCCCUUCACAUCGCAGCAAGACAGGGCCUGGCUACAGUGGUGCAGGUGUUACUGAGCAGAGGAGCAGCUGUGAUGGCUGUCGAUGAAGAAGGUCGUACUCCAGCUCUGGCCUGUGCUCCCAACAAGAAUGUGGCCGAUUGUCUGGCUCUGAUCCUCUCCACUAUGAAGCCUUUCCCUCCCAGAGAAGCUAUGGUCAAUAAUGCACCCCAUUUUAGCCCCAUCCUCAAGAACUGUGGCAUCGCUGCUACCUGAACCACAACGUAAAACCCUAAAAACUCCUUUCAACUUAUGCACAAGCAGAUCUGACCGAGACUAUGCUCCCAGGACAAACCACUGCACGUGAGAAGUGUCAGAUAUGUCAAAGAGAAUCAGAAAGCUCCCUAACUAGUCUUACUAAUUUUAACCGCCUCAAUUUAACUAGUGUUUUCCUGUUGCAUAUUAUAGUGAUAAAGUGGAGAUUUUUAAUAUGAAUGAACAUUUAAAAAGCACACUAUUACUAUCCAAUACAAUAUUGUUUUUAACCUAAGGCAUAUAUCUUUAUUGUUCUGUAUAUGGACUACAAGGGCAGAAAUACCUAGGGUGCCUUUCCACUGAUUGGUAUGGUGUAUGGUAGUGGUUGAGUUUGUUUUGACUCAGUAAUAAUAAAAGUGGGAUGGCAAGUUAUACAGGUUACCCAUUUGAAAGGACUUGUAUUCAAUUAUUACUAUGACAGAAGAACAUAUCCGUGACCCACUUCCUCAAACUGCACCUCAGGCCCAAGUCAAACAUGGCAUGACAUUUGGUGACAGAUGGCGAAUGAGCUUGUUUGUUUCCAAUAUAUCAUUUAGAACACAAUCAAAUCUCACCUCAAAUUAAAUUAAAAGUUUAGUCCCUUAUUCACUGAUUUUGGGGCGAAGGUUACUGUAAUGCAUUUCUCAUUUCUUUCUAUAACUACUACUACAAACACUACUACAAGCAUUACUACUACUACUACUGUUGCUACUAUUACUAUUAGAAGCAGAUAGAUUUAUUUGUCACAUAAAAUGUUAAAAACACAGUUAAAUAACAUACAGUGAAAUGACAAAGUAAUAAAACAAUUCCUUCAUUUGCCAGUAAAAACUCCCAUUUUGAACCAACACAUACCAGUCCAGUGGAAGUGAGGCUCUAAAAGCAAUGACUUUUGUAUUUACAUGUUAACACAUUUCUCUAUAAACCACCUAUGUAACAGGUGCUAUUAACACUUAUGCAACUUCCAAGCCUCUAUUUUCUUAAUAUGUACAAACUUUAGCUAACCUUGUUUUGCUCGUGACUUCCUGGAUGACUGAGAAUCUCCACAUAUAUAGAAAUGUUAUAAUUAAUGAACCUAUAUUUUAGUGUCUAUGGAUGUCUGUAAAAGUAUAAAUGGAUUUAUAAGUAAACAUAUAUAGCAGAUCCAAAUGUAAUGUGCAGCCUCAGGUGUAUUGUAAAAAGCACAAGAACAAAAAGAAGUUAAGAAGUUUAUUUUAAAGCAAAUAUUUUAGACUGAAGAAACCAACUAUGCCUCUCCAUUUCAACAAUAUAAGAUCCAGGACUAUUGCACCCAUUUGAUGCAUUUUACAGUUUUAUUCUCUUGCUGAGUUUCAGAUUUCAUCACAAUGUUCUAUAGGCCAAUGCUAUUUAAUACAAAUGGGGGCAGCUAAAAUUCAUAUUGUUCAGAUUUCUGUUGUAAUACAGUGAAUUCUUGGGUCUAGUGAGUAAUAGAAAUGACCAGGUUCAACAUUUGUGAAUUCACCUUUUGGAUAUUUCAUGGGAAAGUACAUUAUUCAGUAGGGAUACUGUCUCUUGCUCCCAUAUGGAAGUAUGACAUCAUCAAGUUUACUAUAUAUAUAUAUAUAUAUAUAUAUAUAUAUAUAUAUAUAUAUAUAUAUAUAUAUAUAUAAGAAGAAGUGAUAGAAUAAGUGUUUGAUAAAAAGAAGAUCAAGAAUGGUAGUAUUUUGAUUGUUAAGUUGUGUUUAGUAUUGCUGUAAUCAGAUCAAAGUUUUCUAAUUAUAAAAUACAAAAAAGUACGGCAAAAGAAAAAAAAAUCAUAUUUCAUAUACUUUCAUAUACUAAAGCUUUUGAAACCAAUAACCAAAUACAGUAACUUGUGAGAGCACCCCAGAACUUUUACUUGAAAAUGAUUCAAAAAAGCUAUAUAGCGUGAUUAAACUACAGUGACUGAAGUACAGUCUGUACCCUAUUAUUACCCACUACCCACUGUUUGUUUUGUCGAGUCAAUUGUUUACAACCCAAAGAUGCAAGAAAGUAGUUAAAGGUACACAAUGUAACUUUUCUCGUGGGUAUUCCUACACCUGCUUCUCUCCAUGGAGAUGUUAUUUUAUAUCUAGAAAGUUCCACAGGAUUCAUGAGUACCAGCUUCCUUAUAGGUGACAUUUUACCAGUCAAGAAAUAUAAAAAUUUUUCUCUUGUUUAUUAUUAUAGUAUCAGGUUUAAAAUUUGUAUUAAUCUGAAUUUUGAAACCAAGAAAGAGCAUUAAACAUAUAUUUUUUUGCAAGUGUUUUUAUAGCACAAAGAGAAACACAUGGAGAAACACAAGUUUAAUGCCAUACCUUUGAACUUUCAACUCAGCAACAUCUCCAUGGGAACAAGUUGGUGGCAUACUACACCAGAAAAGUUACAAAGUGCAUCUUUAUGAUAGUAUAGCUAAUGAAUUGUCUUUGUACUAUGUUUAUGUUAAAAUUAUUAGUAUUAAUUUUGGCAUUUAUUUUGUGGCCAUCAGUAAUAUUGCAUGGUAUCUUGUGGUUCUCAAACAAUUCUGACCAAGUAUAAAAUACUUUGAUUAGACCUGGACUAGAAAUUACUAGACUCUAAAUUAGUCCUGGUUUCAUUCCAGGUUUAGUCUUAGUUUUGGUGAAGGACUGAUCCAGGACUAAAGCAGCUGAGACCUAACUAGUGCUAAACCAGGAUUAAGUCAUGGGAAUUCUUAAAUGUAUUCUCUCGUUCAUGGUUUUCAGCUCCUGUUAUAUGGUGCCAUUUUGAGGACAGUAAAAAUAUUUAGUUUUGCAUCAUUAAUUGCUAUGGCAACCAUCCUAACUUGUCAUAAUUCUGGACCAUGGAUACUUAAACUACAACCACAUCUUGAGUUGAGAAUCACUUGUUAUAAGCUGUUUCACAAUAUCGAGAAACCAUUGUGAUUUUAUUGAACCACUAUUAAUUUAAAUGGAACAGAUGUAAUGAAGUUUUUGAAUAGAGAAGAGUGCAUGAAUGGUGAUGUGCCUGGACUGUGAUUCUGAAAACACAAAGCUGUAGUUUGUACAAUUAUUAAUUUGUUUUUAUCUUUUGUCGUUUGUAAUGUGUACACAGAUAAAAUGUUUUCAAUUCUU